GGUCAGAGACUCCGGACAUACUAUAUGAGAUGGUCAGAGACUGCAGCAUAGUACAGGAGACGGUCGGAGACUGUGGAAAUUGUACAGGAGACGGUCAGAGACUGCGGACAGGAUACAGGAGACAGUCAGAGACUGCGGACAGGAUACAGGAGACGGGCAGAGACUGAAGACAGGAUACAGGAGAGGGUCAAAGACUGCAGACAGGAUACAGAAGAUGGUCAAAGACUGCGGACAUACUACAGGAGAUGGUCAGAGACUGCAGACAUACUACAGGAGAGGGUCAAAGACUGUGGGCAGGAUACAG